GAAAACUUGAAAAGAAGUACAGUAGUUCCUUAAAUAUAGCACAGAGUGAUAGUGGUCCUUGCCACCUUGUACAAAUAUCUGUAUUAAAUAAAAAUGAUAUUUAUGGACGAUCCUCUAUCAAAGUCUAUAAAAGAUCCCAGGGACUACCGAUACAUGAAGUUAUUUAGAUCUACUUUGAGACUUAUUGGAUCGUGGCCUGGAAGAGAUCUUAAGGAGGAGGGUGCAACGAAAUAUGAAAUCGCGCCUUUAUACUGGGUGCUGGUUAUUAAAAUCACAUGUUUCGUUCUCACAAUAAUCUAUCUCAUAGAAAAUACAAAUAAGCUGGGUUUCUUUGAAAUUGGUCAUGUCUACAUUACUGUAUUUAUGACUAUGAUAACAUUGAGCCGUAGCAUCACUUUGUCCUUAAACCCGAAGUACCGCCGAGUAAUGACGAAAUAUAUUACUAAAAUGCAUCUCUUUUACUACAAGGAUAUGUCUGAUAUUGCUUUGAAGACUCACAUAAGAGUGCAUAAACUCUCAUUUUUCACAAUGUAUUUGUCAACUCAAGUAGUAUUGGGCACAGUUACGUUCAACAUUGUCCCAAUGUACAACAACUACAAGGUAGGAAGAUUCGAAAAUAACAUAUUAGUUAACGACUCUUACGAGUUGUCUAUAUAUUUCAAAACCCCAACAAAAUUCUUAUCUACCUUGAAUGGAUACAUCGCAAUCACCACAUUUAAUUGGUACUCAAGCUAUAUUUGCUCUAACUUUUUCUGCAUGUUUGAUCUCGCUCUGUCCCUGUUAAUAUUUACUGUGUCUGGACAUUUCAAAAUAUUGAUUCAUAAUUUGAACAACUUCCCCCUGCCUGCUGUGGUGUCUGAUUCAAGCAAAGUUUUAAAAACAGACGAGAUACAAGCUCCGUUAUACAAUAAAACAGAAAAGAAAGAUAUAACAUUAAGAUUGAAACAGUGCAUCGAUUAUCAUCGGGAAGUUCUCGAAUUCACCCAAGAUAUUUCAGAAGCUUUCGGUCCGAUGUUAUUUGUAUACUACUUGUUCCAUCAGGUCAGCGGCUGCCUGUUGUUACUGGAAUGUUCACAAAUGGACGCAGCGGCUUUGAUGCGUUACGGCCUUCUAACAGCUGUUUUGUUCCAGCAACUGAUUCAGUUAUCUGUUGUCGUUGAGUCUGUUGGAACAGUGACCGGCUAUCUGAAGGAUGCUGUUUACAACGUUCCAUGGGAGUACAUGGACACACAGGACAGGAAGACAGUGUGCAUAUUUUUGAUGAAUGUGCAGGAACCAGUGCAUAUUAAUGCAUUAGGACUUGCUAAAGUAGGCGUACAGGCAAUGGCUGGAAUUCUUAAGACAUCGUUUUCAUACUUCGCAUUUCUUCGCACCGUUUCUAACUAAACUUUCUAUUAUGUGAUUUACGUGUUUAAUUUUAAAAUGGUAAUUACUAUAAGCACAAUAAUUUUGUUAUAAAUUAUAUUUAAGCAAUGAAAUAACACGAGCAAGUAUUUUAUAUUAAUUAUUUAAAAGAAAUGUAAAUUAUCACAAUACACGAUUGCAGCAUU